UGCCAUUUGGCAGAAACUGUUCACCGCGAUUUCCGUUUCCCGGUCGCCGGAUGAGUGACUGGCCGUUGAGCAAGGAGGAGCAGAAGAAGCGCAUCAUCCGAUUGUAUGACAAGGAUGUGAAAGCUGCCAACCAGCUGCUCAGCUCGGGGGAGGCUGAGCUGAAACAGGCCAUCCAGGCCUUGCACGAGGAGCUGAAAGCAGCCCGUGCAGCCGCCCAGAGCCGCAGCAGCGCAGCCCAUCGCGAGCCUCGGGCGACUCGAGAGACUCGAGAGGUGGUUACCGACAGCUGCCCCAAGCGCCGCUUUGAGCCAUCUUCCCCGGGAAGCGACCGCGCCAGCGAUGUGACCGAUGCAGAUGCUGCCGCAGAAGCUGCUGCGCGGCUGCAGCAUGUCAUUGUUGACGCUGCCGCGACGCUGGCAUCGUUGUUUGGGACCUCCUCGCUCUCCUCGGUCCUGGUUGGCAUUGCCGAAGAGGCUGAGGACGGGGACAAGGAGGCGAGGCAGCGCGCGAAGUCUGAAGGCAGCCGGGUUGUUGCCGCGGACAUCCGAGAGGAUCGACGCCGGCGCAAGUCGCGAGGGAGCUUGAGGGUGUCAUUUGCAGAAAGUGAAGAUGCCGACACUGAAGCAAGACCGCGGCGUCCAUCUAUUGCAGAACCAGAGCCCUCGCCCUCGAACUCGCCCAGGGAGGCACACUUUCAGCCAGCCGCAGCGGCUCAGGCGUUGAAAGGUCAGCCCAAGAGCUGCCUUGCUCGCCGGUCACGCCGAGGCAGAGCGGCGGCGGCGUCUUCCGUGCCAGCCGGCGUUCUCGAUUUCAUCUGAAGGGCAAGGAAUUCGGAGCCCAAUGCCAAUGCUCAGGAAUGGAUCGGAGAGCCCGCGAA